CUGGGGGCCCCAGGACACGCAGGGCAGGUUUGCUGCCUGUGCCUGUGAUGGUGUGUGCUGAGCCUGGUGUAAUGGCAGAGGAGCUACCUGCUGCUGGCACCCAGGAAGAAACACUUGUUAGGGCAUGAGAAAACAGAAAUUAGGAGUGGGAUGGCUUGAGGUCCUCCUCAGUAACUGCUGGCCAUGUGCAAGGGUCUUCUUCCAAGGCUGGUGUUUUUCUGAGGAAUGCAUUUGUCUUAAAAGUAGUCUGAAACCUUUGAUAGGGACUUGGAGAAUAGAAGAUAGAGAGUCAUUUCCUGUUGUCUGGAAAUGACUCUUUUGACGUGUGGUGCCUGUAAAUAUGGGCACGGUUGGGUGUGAUUUCAUUGAAUUCACUGGAAUUGCAUCUCUGCUUUCACCACUGGAUUUGACUUGGAGACUUCUUCACAGUACUGCUAGAAUUUGAUUAUUGGGUUUGGAUGUAUGCUGAUUUUAUUUUGCGACUUCUCUGACCUUAAGAGUUUUUUGUAUGACCCAGGAAGGAGGUUUGAAAACAAGCCCUUGGAUAAGCUUUCUAAAGUACUUCCGUCUGACCAAGUCACUUUUAGGUUCUUUCACUUUUUAGUAGGUUUCACAUAUAAAAUCAUACAUUUUAUGUGAGAGGCACUGUGAGAGGUUGGUUAGUGGCAUCAGUAAUACUAAUCAAACAUAAUUCAUCUGACUGUCAUGUAAAGGAAGGUAAGGUAGAGGGGGAAGAGUGCAAGUCACUUCAAAAGACCUUCUCUGAAGCUCAGCUCUCCUCUAAUCUGCCUUUCAAAUCUGGCUUCUCCUGCCCUCAUAGAGUGAAUCAACCUGACAUUUUAGCAAUUUUUGAAAGAAAAGGAGUGAAGUGUUUAGAAUGCAUCAAAGGGGUGAAGCAGAGAACAUCUGAAGAUCAUCUUUUGUCUGAUUGAUACCCUCUUACUUCAUGGCAGAGGAGCGAGAGAAAGAGACACAUGGAAUCUCAUUUAGAAUUCAAAUCAGUGUGAAAGAAGUGCUGGAUACAGAUGUACUUUUAAAGCUGUUUUUUCAUUUACCAGUCAAUUACCCAUCAACUGUACCAGAUAUUUCUGUUACCUCAGACCAGCUUACAAGGGCCCAGUGUGUGGAUGUGAGAGAGAAAUUACUUGAAGAAGCCAAGCAGCAUCUUUCUGAGCCCAUGGUACACGAUCUGAUUCUUUGGGUACAGCAGCAUCUUAAAGAUGUCAUUAAGCAAUCAGCAACAGUUUGCAAUGAAAAAACUACUUUGUCAAAAGGAACAGAAGAUGGUAUCUGGAUGCUCCUUUUGCAUUUAGAUCACAUGAGAGCAAAGGCAAAAUAUGUGAAAACUGUGGAAAAAUGGGCUUCAGAUCUAAGGCUGACUGGAAGACUGAUGUUCAUGGGCAAGAUAAUAUUGAUUCUUCUUCAGGGUGACAGGAACAGCAUUAAGGAGUACUUGAUUCUUCAGAAAACUUCUAAGGUGGAUGUGGACUCAAGUGGAAAGAAAUGCAAAGAGAAAAUGAUGAGGGUACUGUGUGAGACAGAACUACAGUCCCAGCAUAAAAGGUUUCAGAUGUUUGAAGUCAAAGAAUAUUCAGCACUGGAAGAGCUACAAAAGGAAUUUGAAACUGCAGGACUUACAACUCUUUUCUCUGAGUUUGUGCCUCCUAUCUUAAAGUAAAAUUAAAAGAAACCACUGGACCUCUGACCAAAGCGGUAGACUGCAGAUGCUGAUGGAAGAUAAAAGGACUAAUGUGGCAAAACAAUCUUGAAGCUUUUCUGCAAGAAAUACCAGUAGUAGUCAUCCUUUUGCAAGAAAAAGGCAAUUGAUACCUUAAGAACUGAUAAUUUUUUGACAUGCAUGUCAAAAAACAAUAUGAUGUUGAUUGUAAUAAUUGCAUGGCAAGCAUGAGAGACUGGGAAGAAAUAAUGCUAAAAAAUAGUCUUCUAGUCAGACUCUGUUUUAUAGUCCCUGUUUUCAGUGCUCUGUUUCCUCUCUCUCAUGGUAGAAUGUGUCAAUAAUGGCUUGUUAGAACACAUGAUUAAUUUUGCUUUGGAAGACUGUAUGAAGAUAUUUCCAUAAAAACAUAGCAAACACACAUUUAAAUAUGUGAGGACAGCAUAUACUUAAUGUCCCUUAGAAGUUCAUAUGCUAAUUUUUCCUUCUCCCUUUAAUUGAUUACAAACACUAGAUGGUUGAUUUGAAUAAAAAGCUCAUGUCACUUGAGGCCUG